GCUAGUUUCCCUAACUUUUCGUGACCCAUCUGAUCAUUCAGGUUCUAGAUCAAAAUUGCUCCUCUUGUCAACAAGAUAGUUCAAUUUGGUAGCAGCAGUGACUCGUAUCUGGUCCUUCUGCUCACCUGUUUCAAAAACGGCACUUAGAUAUUCUUCAUACCACACUUCUGAAACGCUUUCGAGUCCAAUCAUCCUCAAAACAUCCUUACCACCAUACUCUGAGACACGAUCUGCCAAACAUCUCCACUGCUUCUUGUACAAUCUGCCAGUUUCAUACGCCAUGUGGUCAUGUUCACACUCGCUCGCUACACUGUUGCAACUUUUUGCUGCAAAUUUGAGACAACCCUCAUACGCUGCAAUAAUGAGCAACAACGCCCAUAGGAACAUAUAAGACGACAAAACCUCCUCUAAAGCUCGCCAUGAUUGCCCUCGACUUCCACCCUUCGCUCUUUCAUUCAACUGAAAGUCUAGUUAGCGAGCUUGACUCACUGUCGGUUUUGCAACAUGACCAGCCGCCGUUACCUGAGCAAUCCUCCACCAGUUCAAAUGUCCAGAAGAUUUAUUGCUGGGAGAGAAGGUGUCUGCUAAGGCGCUGGAUGUCUUCCAUUGUCCAUAAAUAUCGUGGGCACACACUAACACGGGCUGUCGGCUAUUUCCGACGUUCGUCACCCAAAUCACCACGGCAUGACCUUCUUCGUGGGUACAAGUACUCAGAUCUGACGGAGCUUACCGAGCCGUUACUCUCCAAACAAUCGCGCCAUGAUAGUGCUAUCGCUCCUUGCUACAGCUCGUUGUUCAAGAUGAACAAUGCCAAAACCCUCCACAGGCAAGAUUGGGAAGACCAUCUACUAUAUUUGCAACCCAACACAAGCACCUAUGCCAUUGACCAGUUCCUAAAAGACGAUAUGAGCCGUACCUCACUACUUGAAGCACUCCAAUGUGGUCUUCGACAGGUGAAAAUUUGAGAUAGCGGUCAACCGAUCCUAGUAUCUGAUUGGGUACCGCGCCAUUCUCUUAUCAGAAGAAGCGCAUUGACUAUCUCUGGCCAUCCCCGAAAUGCUUGGCCAAAAGAGCUGAUAUUCUAACUUUCCCUGGUAUGACCUCCAGGUCUAGCGCUAGUUUCAAAGGGCUCCCAGUCUUAGCAUCCGCCUUGUUGCUAAGCGGGACGCCAUAGUGGGGUUGUAUUGAUACCUACUC